AUGGAAAAUGAAAACAUUCUCAAACAGAAGCAGAAGCUAGAGGUAUUUGAUAUACUCAAGGAAGCUCUUAUGAUAUCUGUUAGAAAUCUCAACUUUAUCAUCUUCACCUUUCUUACCUCUCUUCCUCUCUUUUGUAUAACAGUUUACUUUGAAAUUCAACUUCAAGAAUUAGUUGAAACUUUUUUUAUUAAUAUUCCAGAGGAGGUUCACUAUGGAUACUUUAAUUCUAUGCUAGAUCGUAUGAAUAAGGAUUAUAAUUACUCUAAGUUGAUUCAACUUGGUUUGAUUUAUAUAUUUCCUCUCCAAAUUCUUGAGUUUGGAACUGCAAUUGUUACUAUAGACUUGGCUUCAAAGCUAAAUUCACAAGAGAAGAAAAUGACCCUUAAGGAGAUGUUUGAAAAACCUCUUGAUUCAACAAAACUAAGAGGCUCAUUUCUAACUUUCAUCUAUGUUGUUUUCUUGAUAACCACUCAUCAACUUGGAUUACUAUGGAUAGUUAUAAAUUACCAUAUUUGCUUGAAGGAUUUCAAUUUUGUGGUUUUUCCUGUGAUUUGCAGCUUGUUGUUUGCAAAGGUGUUAAUGAUGUAUUUAGAAUGGAGUUCUAUGUGGAGUAUGAGUAUUGUAAUCUCAAUUUUGGAGGGUAUAUAUGGUAUUGAUGCAUUAGCACUCUCUAUUAAUUUUAGCAGAGGGUGUCACAGAAAAGGGCUUUUUUUGAUGCUGAUUUUCUUUGCGUGGGGACAAUUUUUAAGAUUUUCUUGCUACCAUAUUAGAGGCUAUGAACAAGGAAAUGGAACUUUUAUACAAGUUGGGUUGUUCUGCAUCGUGAUUCCAUUGAAAUGGGUAGUUUUCAUGAUAUAUUUCAAUGAUUGCAAGGAGAGAUACUUGAAAAAGAAAAUGGAUGUGGAAUCAGGAAAAAAUGUUAGUUCAUCAGAAGUAGGUUUGAGGUAGUUUUAUGGUUAUGCAGCCUAUUUAAUAUGAUUAAAUAAUAAAUGUUAUUAACUAAUGUUAUGUGAUUAGUUUGUUUAUAGCUGCAAUGAUAUUAGUUGCAUUCUAUGUUGAUUUAAUCAUGCCAAAGUAUAAUAACAUAAGACAGAUUCUAAAACAAGUCAUUUUGGCCUCCAUUCUAAAACAAAUCAUCUUUAUUCUUCAUUUAUAACUAGAAUAUCGUAAGUUGUCUUCUUGUUCUGCUAUUUGCAUUUUCCUGGUUUACGAGGAUGAACAAAAGGGUUAUCAUUGUUAUGAACUUUAUAUUGGUCAAAAAAUACAGGUGUAACUAA